AUGAGUAGUGUCGUUGUUGCACGCUACGGGCCAGCUGCCCUUUCAGUUCUGGCGGCGAUUGGAGUUUCAAUUUUCAUUGCCUAUUUUGUCAUUGCCUUCAGUGGUGCUGUUGGUGGAGGGCGUCGGUACGAAUAUUCCAGUCCGCUUGCUGCCAUGUGGACAGGGAUCGGCACCAUGUGGUACUCGGUCUCUUUUCUCACAUGGUGGGCCUCAUCAAGAGACACUCGAAAUGUCGAUACACGAGAAGGUCUCCCAGCCCUGUAUGUUUGGGCUCUCUACAGCCUUCUGUUUGCCGUGGAAGGUUUCGUGGCUCUCAUUGGUUGGGCUCAAGCUAAAAACGAGGCUGCAGCAUCAGUUUUUUCGUUCCUAUGGAUUCUUGUUGGUGGGCUUGCAGCAAGCAUUACAGUUGGGCUUCUUCGUGCGAAGAGAUCAGUUCCUCCUAACAAAGGUACCACUCAAGCUGACCUCGAAAAUGGAAAUAACGGCAGUCAGAGUGAAGUCAAAACCAAGCGAUGCAGUCGGUGCUCGUGGUGCUGUACCAAGCGGUUUUGGGUUGACUUCUUGUGCCUAUUUCUCAUUACAUUCCUGCUCGUGUUUAGCACGGGAUUCAUGAUGCAGGGAAUCUCAUCCGCCUCGGACGCCAAUAUGGUUCCACCAGGUCAAGUCUAUUCAUUUCCUCUCCGUUUCAAUGGCAAUACCAUGGACGUUCAGAUGCACCUCUACUGUUUUGGAGAAAAGAGUACUUCGGACAGUCCCACUGUCAUUCUCGAACAUGGCGGUGGCGCAAACUCCCUCACCAUGCUGGCUUUGGCAGAAGAACUUGAGAGUAGUUUCAACACUCGUGCCUGUGUCUAUGAUCGCCUUGGAUACGGUUAUACUCCCACCUAUUACACCUCCACUGGUUCUGGAACCUCUUCCACGCGUCUCCCCAACUCAGGCGCUAUACUUUCGCAGCUACUAGGUGUGGCUGGAGAAGCUGGUCCCUACGUUUGUGCUGGGCACUCGGCUGGUGGCGAAGCUUGCUUGUGGUUCGCUCAUGAGUACCAAGGUACUGUAACUGGUAUUGCCAUCUUGGAUGGUUACCCUGAUCUUAUUCGAGCAGGAAGUUUUCGACCUGGUAUUCAUCCAGAAGGGAGUGGUCCACUACCUGCGAUUCAAGCCGUCACUGUAUUGGCAGGGGGAACAGGCUUGACCCGCGGGCUUGUUGGAGACAUGGGCGAAGAUUUUGUUCCCUCGGACAAACGAGGCACCGUGACUUCUCUCUACGGACAGGCUCGGUUUUGGUUUGCACAGUAUUGGGACGUUCGAUCUGAUCUUGAGUCUGACAAUGAAUCUCGAUUGUACCAACAGUUGGAUGGAACUGUUGACGAAAAUGGUAUCGUUACCUAUGGGGGGACAUUAUCAGGAACGAAGAUUCUAGUCAUUCCCGCCGAAAGUACUGUGUCAGAUAUCGAUUGCAAUGACAAGGACAAAGGGUCGUACUGCUGUGGAAAUGCUAAGAAUUCUACCAGUUGCAUGGAUAACGCUUUUGAUCGGAUGCUCUUUCGCGAACAGAGCGACCGAUAUGCUGCAACUCUCAGCAACGACACUCUCGGAUUGGUGAUCCAAGGGCCACCUGGUUCCGAGCAUGGUUUUGUGAGCCACAAGGACUAUUACGCAUGGAUUGCGACUCAAAUUGGUGAACAGUUGUUGAGUGAAAGUUUUAGACUAUCUGAUUGUGGCGAAUACGUACCGGUACAGAUGAGAUGCAGGAAAUGA